AAGUGUGAAGCAAAGUGGGAGUGGGAAGGGGGCUUUCAUCUCUUGACUCCCAGGUUGGGCUCCAACUUCCCUGACACAUUUCACUGGGGAGGGCCGGUUCCCCCUGCCCCCAUCACCCGGGCCAGCGGGCCCAGAGACCUGGCUCUCGCUGGGCUGGGGGAUUAUCCCCAUUCUCUGUGUCUCUGGCCAGGGCGGGCAUCGCUGCCUCUUUUAUCCUCUCACAAAGGCCAGGCCCGCCGGGCCUGCUGUGUCAGAGUUUCUGUGGCUGGGGGAAGCCUUACUUCCUUUUCUCCCGCCAAGCCCGGAGGGCCACGCCGGGUCUGCCAGCUUGUCGAGGGCCACUGCUCUAGCUCCAGACAGGUGAAAGGCACAGGGGUGACUCAGCACCGGGGAGAGAAGGCUGAGGGGUCACUUGCUGAAGGACAGAGAGAGCUGCUUGUUAAGAGUCAUGAUAUUACUGCAGUAUGAAGUCUGUAGGCUAGACCUAAUAAAGGACUUCCAGCUAGAGCUGGCUCACUUUGGGCAGGGCGAAAGCCAGGCAGCUGGUUUCCAGUGAUCCACAAGUUUGAUUUGAGUGUCCACCAUAUUCCAACUACUUGGGUAGCCAACUCCCAUCCCAUGUCAGGGACUUUUGCAAGAUAGGAAAAGGAGCCAAUCUCUUCUACAGGGGUGCCAGGUUGGUGUUUGGAGGUGUCCUGACUGAAGUGACAAAGAGUUCUCCCCAUGUGACACCCCGAGGCGCCUUUGAGGAAAGCUCUCUGGGUCUCUUUAUGGGCUGAUGGAGAAGUAGGCUCCCCACACCCUCUCUGUCCCCAGCUGAGAUUAUGGUGGAUUUGGAAUACAGGGCAGAUUUGGGAUACAGUCCAGGCCUGGACAUCCUGCUGCUGACCCAGCCCCGGAGGCGUUAGCAAGAGCCCUGCGCCAUCCACUCCCGCAGAGACCACCCCUCCUACCAGGGGCCUGGAGCUGGCGAGUGACUAUGCGGCUUGGACUGUGUGUGGUGGCCUUGGUUCUGAGCUGGAUGCAUUUGGCCGCUGGCAGCCGGGGGAUCAAGGGGAAGAGACAGAGGCGGAUCAGCGCCGACGGAAGCCAGGCCUGUGCCAAAGGCUGUGAGCUCUGCUCGGAGGUCAACGGUUGCCUAAAGUGCUCACCCAAGCUGUUCAUCCUGCUGGAGAGGAACGACAUCCGCCAAGUAGGCGUCUGCUUGCCGUCCUGCCCACCUGGAUACUUUGAUGCGCGCAACCCUGACAUGAACAAGUGCAUCAAAUGCAAGAUUGAGCACUGCGAGGCCUGCUUCAGCCACAACUUCUGCACCAAGUGUCAGGAGAGCCUGUACCUGCAUAAAGGCCGCUGCUACCCCGCCUGUCCCGAGGGCUCUGCGCCUGCAGACGGCACCAUGGAGUGCAGCAGCCCGGCACAAUGUGAAAUGAGUGAGUGGUCUCUGUGGGGGCCUUGCUCCAAGAAGAAGAAGCUCUGUGGCUUCCGGAGGGGCUUGGAGGAGCGGACGCGGAGGGUGCUCCAUGCCCCAGGGGGAGACCACGCAGUCUGCUCAGACACCAAGGAGACGCGGAAGUGCACAGUGCGGAGGACGCCCUGCCCCGAAGGGCAGAAGAGGAGGAAGGGCAGCCAGGGCAGGCGGGAGAACGCCAACAGGAACCCCGGCCGCAAGGAGAGCAAGGAGGCGGGCACCGGCGCUCGGAGACGCAAGGGCCAGCAGCAGCAACAGCAAGGGACAGUGGGGCCGGUCACCUCUGCGGGGCCCACCUAGGGACCCUAUUUAGCCUCCCGGUCCAUGCGAAGGAGUCCAGUGCUGCUCUGUGUGAUGAGAGCUUUACUGAACUUGAGUACUGGGGGCAAUGCGUACACACCCUCUCCAUACAUACAGGAACACACAGACACAUGCACACAGACCCCAUGUCCAAACAGGUAACUGACAUACGUGCAAACAUGUGUGCAUGCAUGCGCGCAUGCACACACACACAUCGAGGCUACUGGAAGACACUUCUGUCCCUUGGACAUCACUGUGUGAGUGGGGUGGGGAGGCAGAGGGAUCAUCUCUGCCCCUCAGAGGGCCAAGAGGCACACACUUGGUUUGUGAUACAACCAGUGGAUGCAUCAGAGAGAAUGUUGACCAGUGUCCAAGCCCAGACUCUGCAGAGUGGAACCUUCUGGAGGAGUUCAUAGGACCAGACUGCGUGGCAGACAGCAGCCAAAGCUUGAGGACUGUUCAGCAUCUCCAGCUGUGUGACUUUAUCCUUGGAGAGUACUGUUACACAUUCAUAUCAGGGCUUUCCUGACUCUGAAAACUGCUUAAAGGUUUAUUUCAAAUUAAAAACGAGAACCAACUGACAACAGUA